AUGGAUAACAUUGUGGACUCGUUGAACAAAGCAUACGAGAAGUUUGUUCUUGCCUCAGCUGAUGUUCUCGAGGCCAAAGAGAGUGCGGGCGGGCAAAAAUCUUCUCUGACUGAUGCUGCGUUGGAGAAUUUCAAGGAGAAAUGGGAACUGUUCCGUGUGGCUUGUGAUCAAGCUGAGGAGUUUGUGGAGUCAGUGAAGCAGAGGAUUGGAUCCGAGUGUUUAGUCGAUGAGGCUACUGGUCUUACUACUGCAACAGGAACCCAAGCAGGAGCAGCUGUCGGUGCUGCCACUAGUUUACCGCCGAUUAGCGCAGUGAGGCUCGAACAGAUGAGUAGAGCGGUUCGGUGGCUUGUUCUUGAGCUGCAACGUGGCUCUGGUGUAGCUAAUGGCUCUCAUUCUUCCUCUACCGGGUUUGAUGCUAGCUCAAAGCAAAUUUGGAUUGUGGGUCUGAUCCAGAGUUUUGGUUCCGGAACAUCCUCAACACACGCCGCAAACACCUUCCUUGUUUACGGAGACGAUCACUUCUUGUACAUAAUGGAUUUGAAUGAUUCGAUGCGGAUCCUGAGUCCUUGGAUUGGUCAAAUUGUUGAUAUUGGUCUUGACUUGCUGUGGCGUUUCACACACAUUGUUGUGAGCUUAUGGCACAUUCUCACUGGAGUCUUUGAAGCAGUCGAAAGCCACGCCAUAUCGUUAGGAAUGAUUAAAAAGUACAACUCCAUCGAUAUUGAGAAACUCCGGUGUCUAGCUGUUGUGGUGGACAUCGAAGCAGCUCGAGAUGUUUCCAAGGUUAUAGAGCUUCUCCAGUGGCUAACAACCAUUGGCGUGAAACAAGUUGGUCUCUUUGACUCUCAAGGUUUAUUGAAGAAAUCAAAGGAUAUGAUCCUUGAAAUUGUGCCGAGAUCAUCAGUGUUGUUAGAGGAGAGUGGUGAGAAGGAAAAUUCGCCAGAACCAAAGCGGAUUGCUAUAGAAUUCAUUUCGUCUUCAGACAAUAAAGAAGCUAUUGUGAAAGCAGCCAACAUACUACUUGAGAAAUACUUGAAAUCAAGCCCUCCUGAGGACAAUAAAGGGGAAGACUUCUUUACAGAGUCUCAUUUGAACGAAGCGUUAAGCGUUGUUGGUGAGAAUGUACAUGUGCCUGAUCUGUUGCUGGUUUAUGGACCUGUAAGGAGCCACCUUGGCUUCCCUGCUUGGAGACUCCGAUACGCUGAGAUAGUACAUAUGGGAUCUUUGAAGUAUAUGAGAUAUGGCUCUCUUGUGAAGGCAAUCCACAAGUUUACAGGAGUAAUCCAAAACUAUGGUGCUUGA